UGUCAGCCAUGUUUGCCGGGUCACUACUGCAGUAAUGAGACCACCAGCGAGGAGGCCAUGCUCAGAGUAAUGGUCUGCCCGCCAGGUUUCCUCUGCUCACAGGGCCUGGAUCGAGAACCCCAGCGCUCAGCGGUAUUCUGCCCAAUAGGCUUUUACUGUCCCGGUGGAAGCGUUGAUCCUAAUCCUGUUCCGUGCCCCAAAGGAACCUACAGUCAUCAGCCAGGACUACGUGACCCUUCAGACUGCACAAAGUGUCCAGAGGGCAAAUACUGCUACACAGAGAAUCCCCAGCAAGAGCCCAUUAUUGAACCAACAGGAAACUGUCCUGAUGGAUACUACUGUCCUCCUGGUACGGGACACCCAAACUCAUUUCCGUGCCAGUCUGGCUUCUUCAGGAAUGACUCGUAUGGACAUGGAGGAGAAGCUUGUGUGGAAUGUCCUCCUGGUCACUACUGUCCUGCUCUGGCCACAAACACUCCUACAGUCUGUCCACAGGGUUUCUACUGUAAUGAGGGGAGCUCAGCCCCAGAGCCGUGUGAAGAGGGCACAUUUGGAUCCCGGCCAGCCCUGAGUGAAGCAUCACAGUGCACCCUAUGUAGUGGGGGGAAAUAUUGCACCGGUUUGGGCAAAACUGAACCCACUGGGGACUGUGAAGGAGGAUUCUAUUGUAGACAGGGGUCUACAAGUCCUGUUCCUCCUGAUAAUCAUGGUCAUGAAGGGGGUGUGUGUCCCGCUGGCAGUUUCUGCCCGCCAGGCUCAGUUCACCCACAGCCCUGCCCUUCAGGAACCUACAGUAACAGCACAGGCCUCCAACAUGCAGAGCAGUGUGUCACCUGUCCUCCAGGUUAUUACUGUUUAGGAACAAACGCUACAUCUCCUUCUGGUUCAUGCUUUGCUGGCUAUUACUGCACCGGAGGUUCAGCCACACCAGUCCAAAAUGAAGCUGAGGAGGGACACUACUCUUCAGAAGGAGCUGUGAGGGCCGAACCGUGCGCACUGGGAACUUUCCAACCAGGAAGAGGCUACAACUCAUGCAUUGAAUGCCAAUCAGGAAGACUGUGCAACAAGACAGGCCUAUCACAGCAGCCCCUGUGUCCACCUGGACACUUCUGCCCUGCUGGAUCCCUGAUUGCUCACCCGUGUCCCCCUGGUACAUACACGGCAGGUUCAGGAGCGGAGGAUCUGCAGCACUGCGGCCCGUGUGAUGCUGGUCACUACUGUCACUCACCUGGACUGACUGCUCCUCAGGGACCCUGUGAGCCUGGUUUUUACUGCACUGGUGGAUCUCACGUUGCCUCUCCGAUUAGCUCCAGAUAUGGUGACAUAUGCCCCAUCGGUUAUUACUGUCCAGCAGGCACCAGGUACCCUCAUGAGUACCCCUGUCCUCCUGGAACCUGGAGUAACGCACUGGGGGCCCAGAAUGUGUCGUCCUGUUGGCUCUGCCCUGCUGGAUUCUUCUGCAACAGCUCUGGCCUCACUCAGCCCACUGGAAUAUGUGCUCCAGGGUUUUAUUGUGCUGGUGGAGCUAAAACGGCCAUGCCUGAUGAUGGGUUAACAGGAAACAGGUGUCCGACGCGGUAUUACUGUCCACAGGGGUGUACAUCCCCUCUGCACUGCCCUGAUGGAACACACUCAAAUAGCACAGGUGCUGCAGAGUGCAGUGACUGUCCCACUGGAUGGCUGUGUCUGGAGGGGGAGGAGCUCCAGUUGUGUCCAGAGGGACAUUACUGCCUGGGGGGCACAGUGGAGGACAUCCUCCCCUGCCCUCCAGGCACAUACAGCCCCAAAGCAGGACAAAACCAAGUAGAGCAGUGUUUACUGUGCUCAGCUGGUGAGAGCAGUGCCCCUGCUUUACUUACACCUUUGGCAGUUUUAAUAGCAUUGGUGUAGUUUUAUGUUCAUCAUACCCACCUAUCAUUUUAAGGAAUGUUCUGUGAGGAUUGGGGACUAGUUGAACCUACUGGUCCC